AUGAUUCUCGUCGUCGACGUUCUGAACGUCUUCAAUAAAUGCAGGACGUCAUCAAUUCUUCUGUUUGUCGUCGCAUGUCUUAUUCUGAAUAAUCAGGUGCACGCACAGUCGACUGCAGCUCCACCUUAUGCUGUAAAGGAAUGGGACUUGGAGUCACCAAUUGGAAGUAUUCAGGGAACAUAUCAAAUGGAAUACACUUCAAUUGAUGAUCAUCCACCGACUCUUGCAACUCUCUGGGAACUAGGAACAGGAGACUUUGAUGUUACCGUUUGGCCACCGAAAUAUUGUGCUGCUGUCCAUGUGCUCUUCCUCCCAGCUUCCUCCAAAGGAGUAGGAAAGUUUCAUGUCACAGAAAAAAUUAAAACAGCUCCAUACAUUAAAUUCUAUCCACCGAUUGGCAGAAUUGAUGUGUCUCUAGACGGAACAGAUCAGGGUUUUUCGUCUCAUUUCAAUCAACGCAGUUCUGUUCGAUUCAAACACGAAUCCAGUUCAAAAUACGUUUUGGAAGUGGCUGCGGAAUACGUGGAUAAGAUCAGAAAGUUCAAUGAUGCAAGCUCGAAUAUGAAGAGUGUGAAUUUCGAUUUGAUGAAUAAGGUUGCACUCGUUCUCACAAAUAGUCGAUACUGUAUUGCACACAUUACUCGAGAUGGACGGAACACUGAAUUCUAUCAACUUUUCUCACCUGAACAUUAUAAAGACAAAAAUAAGCUUCCACAAGUUUUGACAACUUAUCUUCAUCCGACAGGGAUCAGUUCACUCUUCAUGCCGGUAGUCAAUCCAAAAGAUGGGAAGGCCUUGGAAACAGCAAAAACGGUAGAUUUGUUACCGGUGUUGAAACCCACUGAUCCUGUUGACCUUUCAAAAUCGAGACUUAAAGAUAAGUGCAAUGGAUAUGUAACAACCUCUAAAAAUAAACUGAAGAAGGCGAUAGGACUGAUUACGGGUGAAUCAUGGUUGAUAAGGGAAAACAACAACAAAAUCGUCGAUAGAUACGAGUCUGUCACUGUUAGUAUUGGACCGACAUGUAGCUGGAUUCGUUUGUGGAUAACCAAAGAAACUAAACAAAUGGAUCAAUACGAGAAGGAAAUGAAACUCUCAGAAACCAUUGACAUCUUCUUCGAACAACAGUUUUUUGUUGGACCAGACAGUGACGAAGCUCGUCCACUAGCCGGAAGCUCUUCGAACAUAAACAAACUGAAAUUCAGAAGACAUAAACCUAAUCCUGAUCAGAAAAAAUAUAUAGUUCAGAUGUCAUACGGAAGAGAUUCAGGACCAAGUCUCCCAUAUAUUGAAUACUUCCAAAUGCCAAGUUUCCAUGAACAAUCAAUGCGUUUCAACUUGAUCAAGGCUCCUAACUGUGAAGCUAACAUCAUUUCUGCUUCGGAAGUGAUUUCUCAAACAGCUAAUCCAGGAACAGUAAAUUUGUUAAGUGUCGGAGAUUGUAAGCGUUUCGUUUUGAAAAAUGUAAACAAAGUCGAUGUGGCCGAUGAAUAA